UUAAUGAUGAAUAAAAAAUCGAUCGUAAAAAAUUCUUAACGUGGAAUAAAUUUGAAAUUUUGCAGGAAAUUACAAUUGUGAAUUAAAUUAUUUAAUCUUAAAACUAAUUGAGUGUGUUGUAACGAAUUAAUGAUAAAUUGAAUAUUCAUAGUGUGAAUUACAAUUACAAAAAAUAAAAAGCUAUAACUUUUUCAGCCAACUCUUUCACAAUGGAUAAUUUACUUAAAGGAUUUACAGCAGAAUUUUGCGAUUUAAUUUUUGGAUAAAGUGGGUAUAUUCAAUGGGUAUUAUAACGUUCGAAAAAUACCUCCUCUUCAAUAAACCAGUCAAUGCGCCAUCCGAAGCGAUUUGCAUAAAUUAGCUUUUAUCCCUUAUCAAGAGAGACACACAACACACCAAGUCUCUAUCUAUUGAUAAUCAAGCUUUUGGAGGCCGUUUAUUAAAAAUCAGCACGACUCUGAAGACUUGUACGCCUCACAACAGUCACCAGUCGAUUGUCAAUUCUAUAUCCGAAUAGAUUAGCAACAAAAAACUAAUUAUCAAGAGUGAGAGUAUUGAUAUUUGGCGUAAUACAACACGAGUCUCGAGAUACCAUAUCAACAGGAAGAGGUUAGGAGGGAACUUUGCAGGAAGGUCCCUCUGUCUAUGUCAUGAGUCGCCAUGUGGACGUACAUGAUGGCAGCUGCCCGAGGAGAUCGGGCAAAUUCAAUGUUAUCCUCGAGACGUCGCACUGAAAGUGAAUCAUCACCCAAAUAUGGUUACAAUCUAACCCGUCCAUUAUAUCGGACAACCAGGCUAACUGGAACACAUGCUGGCAGUACCGGACUAUGCAACCAAUACCAACAAUAUCCGCAGUACGGCAACCAAAUGUUCCAUCAUUCGAACUCGUAUGCCUCGCACCAUCAUGUGACGUCAGCAGCGCCAGCAUUUACUGCUGCCCCUCCAUCGACAUCGUCAAACCACAGCCAAAACAGUCAGGACGAGGAGGACAGCAGCUUCUUUGGUCCAAUGUCAAAUGAAAAUACUACGACCACGGCUAACACCAACACGAACAACCAUCAUGCCAGCAACCUUGGCGAACGAAAUUCAAUACCAAAUCAUAUCCUGGCCGUUAGUCGUUCGGAAAAUGUUGCCUCGGUUAUUGAACAAUGCCAAGUCGAUAGAACCGCACCUCCUGUAUCUGGCCAACAACUGAGGUCUUCCAAUCGACGAGCUAGCAGCAUCAACGAUGACGAGGAAGUAGAUUAUCUGGAAAGUGUGAUGGAAAAUGGCAAGCAAAUGUCAAAGGAUCAAACAAAAGAAACAAAACCAUCAGCCCUGCGCAGAACACUUAACGCAUUGCGACACAGGAUAACGAAACGAAGUCGCAACAAGCCACCCGAUUGGUUUUUAGAUAAAUUUUCUACAGUCAAUAAUGCCGAGAAAAUUGGCAAAUCUGCCACAGCUGAUGUACCGGAAAUAACUGGCAAAAGUUGGUUAUGCAAUCGAUUGUCGGUGGAUCCAUCGCUGCCGUCACAUUACAGAUGGCUCUUCGUUGUCUCGGUAGCUGUAUUAUACAAUAUAAUUUUCGUAAUGGGACGAGCUGUCUUCUGGGAGAUCAACCGUAGCGCCUCACCAGUCUGGUAUUUUCUCGAUUAUUUAUGUGAUUUAAUUUAUCUAUUAGAUACAUUAGUGCAUAUGCACGAAGGCUACCUGGAACAAGGUCUCCUCGUCCGAGAUGCAUACAAACUACGUAAACACUACUUCUCCACCAAAGGUUGGUCAAUCGAUGUCCUCUCCAUGUUGCCAACAGACCUCGUCUACAUAUGGUGGCCACCGACUUCCUGCAGUUCCACUUACCUGCCCUGCCCAGUGAUUGUACGACUCAAUCGUUUAUUGCGUCUUCCAAGAAUGUGGGAAUGGUUCGAUCGCACCGAAACCGCCACCGGAUAUCCAAAUGCAUUUCGUAUCUGCAAAGUCGUUCUGGCCAUCUUGGUGCUCAUACAUUGGAACGCAUGCAUGUACUUUGCCAUCAGUUAUGCCCUAGGUUUUGGUACCGAUAAUUGGGUCUAUAAUUUGAAAGGUGACCGCAAUGCCACUCUACAACGACAGUAUAUCUACAGUUUCUAUUGGUCAACACUGACUCUAACCACAAUUGGAGAAACACCCACUCCAGAGAAUGAUGCCGAGUAUCUGUUUGUGGUGGCAGAUUUUUUGGCUGGUGUCCUCAUCUUUGCCACAAUUGUAGGAAACAUCGGUUCGAUGAUUUCGAACAUGAAUGUGGCCAGGGUCGAGUUCCAGAAUCGCAUGGAUGGUGUCAAGCAGUAUAUGGCCUUCCGGAAAGUGGGCAAUGAAUUGGAAGCACGGGUGAUUCGUUGGUUUGCUUAUACUUGGUCGCAAAGUGGAGCGCUCGAUGAGGAACGGGUGCUUUCUGCUCUGCCGGAUAAGUUGAAGGCCGAAAUUGCCAUUCGAGUUCAUAUGGACACUUUGAAACAGGUGCGAAUCUUUCAAGACUGUGAACCGGGUUUGCUGGAAGCGCUGGUGCUGAAAUUAAAACUGCAAGUGUUCAGUCCGGGGGAUUAUAUCUGUCGGAAAGGGGAUGUGGGGAAGGAGAUGUAUAUAGUUAAGAGGGGGAAGUUGUCGGUGGUAGCUGAUGAUGGAGUGACGGUAUUUGCUACUCUUGGAGCUGGUUCAGUUUUUGGAGAGGUUUCUGUGUUGGAAAUUGCUGGUAAUCGAACGGGCAAUAGAAGAACAGCGAAUGUGAGGUCUUUGGGUUAUUCGGAUCUGUUUUGUUUGGCGAAACGAGAUCUGUGGGAAACUUUGGCCGAUUAUCCAGAGGCGAGAGCCACCCUCACAGAAAGGGGUUGUCAAUUACUACGAAAGGAUGGAUUGCUCGAUGAGGAUGUAUUUUCAAAUUCCCAACGUGUUCAAGAUAGUAUAGAAGGUGGCAUCGAAAAACUGGAGGUUUCGGUAGAAAAUCUUAAUGUUCGGUUAGCACGACUUCUGGCAGAAUACACAGCAAGUCAAGCUAAAUUGAAACAACGACUGGCUAAAUUGGAAGUCAAUGCCCAAUUAACAACCAAAGAACAACAAGAAAAUUCCCAAAAAAUGCGUAGCAGUCGUUUAUAUUCGCUACCAGCUAAAAAACGUCGACAACGUCCAAUUUCAUCGAAAUCUGCCGAUUGUAAACAAAAUACUUUAUGAAGAGAAUUUACGAUACAAAUACAAAAAAUACCAAUGCCAAGCAUUUUUUACGAAAAUUCAAUUGAAAUUAAAUUAACAAUAAAAAGUUUAGUCUUCAACAAAAACAACAACUCGUAUUGUUCGUCAAACUGCAACUAUAGCCGAAAAUUAAACUUAUCUCAAAUCAUACAAACGAUAACUGGUAUGUUUUUUCCACAAAAAAAAAAAUCUACGGUGAUAAUAAUAAAUUGUUUUUAUUAUUUUCUUAUAAUUUUUUAAGUUUUAAGUUUUUUGUUAUAAUUUUUUUUUUCUAUUUUAAUUUUAUAAUUUUGAGAUUUGAAAAAAAUUUGUUAAGAAACAUG